UCAUUAAUGUGACAGUGACAUUGACAAUGUCAUCUAAGAAAAAUGUCAUUAUUUGUAUUGUGUUGAUUUAUAUUGUUUAAGAAGGGACUACCAGCUAAACUAAAAUUAUUAUUUUUACUGGAAUAUGUGUCUCUCCAGUUCCAGUAUCUAUAAACCUUCCUGAUCUUAAUAUUGAAUGGAUCCCAGUGAAGAUGACGGCUGAAAAUGGAAUAAAAGAAUUACUUUCUAAAUUGGAGGAAGACGAUUUACUGUCACUAUCUCGUACAGUAACCCAGGGACUGUUGAAAAUCAACUCUGUUGAUGAUGCCAUAAAAGGCAUAUUGAAGUACUCCCCAGACCUUAUCAGUAUUUUGAGGAGAAAAAUAGUCACUAGAGAUAUACUCUUCACGUAUUUAGAUGAGAAAAAUGUCGAAGUGAGACUGCCCAUCACGAAAAAUGAACUGAUCGAUAAAAUAGCUGAUUUUUGGAAUAUUUCACGAACUAGUCGAGCUGUAACUGAACAUAACAAUACCCAAACGGUGUGUAGUCAAGAAGAUAAAGGUGUUCUGAGUGCAAAUGGCCAGAGCCAAGACCCUCACACUGUUUCUGCUCUAGCAGAACAAUUCAUAAAAUGGUUCUAUGACCUGCUGAAUCUCCAGGGAAUUGGAUCAGAGCAUUUCUUUCCUGAAGCAAAACUGAAGUUGAACAUUUUUUCAGGCCUCAAUUGUGAUACAAGUGUAAUUGAAGACAGUCCCGAGGAGAUAGCAAAUGCAUUGUUUCGAAUUAAGGUGCAGAACAACUUGUUCUUCAACCCAAAUAUUUCCCCAGAUGGGGUUCAAGGGAAAAUGGAUCCUCACGGACUGGUAUUGAUUUUGGCCUGCGGCACUCUACACACUCAAGGUACUUGUGUGGGGGUUUUCGAACAGGUAUUUAGUUUGGCGAGGGACCCGUAUUGUGAAAAUAACUGGAAAAUUAAGAACUGUGAACUGAACUUACGCAGCAAAAGUGGGGUUAUGAGCCAACCAAGUUUGUGUGAUAGUGAACUGACUUCUAAUUUGCUCUCAUUGCCUUCCAGUAAUUGACAAAACUGUUUUGUUGUGGUUGAUUAUAGUUUCUUAAGGUG